GCGAGGGGAGGGGUUUCCGCUUCCUCCUCCUCCGGCUUUUAAGGCCGCGGUCUCGGGCGCCGCCAGUCAUUCGGCGGCCGCGAGCGAGUCGGGCGGGUGCAGUUUCACCCUCCCACAGACAUGGGGCGCAGGAAGUCCAAGCGGAAACCGCCCCCCAAGAAGAAGAUGACGGGCACCCUGGAGACCCAGUUCACCUGCCCCUUCUGUAACCACGAGAAGUCCUGCGACGUGAAGAUGGACCGCGCCCGGAACACCGGAGUCAUCUCCUGCACCGUGUGCCUGGAGGAAUUCCAGACGCCCAUCACCUAUCUGUCAGAGCCGGUGGACGUCUACAGUGAUUGGAUAGACGCCUGCGAGGCGGCCAAUCAGUAGCGACUGCGAGGACCCGCCCCCUCUGAGGCCCCGCCCACCGGGAACUCCACCUGUGGGGGGUGGGUCCAUGUGAGUGUGUGUGUGUGCGCAUUCGUGUGUGUGCAUGUGUGUGAGUGUGUGUGUGCAUGUGUGUGAGCGUGUGUGUGCAUGUGUGUGUUGCGAUGCCUGUGGGGGUGACUUUCUGGCGGUGACACCCACACCCCCAGAACACCGGAGCUGCCUCUCCUGGCCCACCACCCCCCAAAAGCCUUUUGAGACGCUCCCUCCUCCUGCGGUUCCCCUCCCCCCGCACUUCCGGCUGUGGGGAGGACCCCAAGAGGGGGAUCCCGUCUUCCUAGGAGGCGAGUCACCCGAGACCAAGCUCCUGGCGCUGCCCUCUCCCUCUGCAGGGCUGCGGGCAGGGCAUUUUAAUCACUUUUGUAGGAACGGGGUGGGAUGGGGUGGGGUGGGGGUCUGCGAAUGUGUCACGCGCCUUUCAAUAAAGUGUACCCACAGGA